ACGAGCGCCCGUCCGACCGAGCCUUGUCCGGAGCCCGGAGCCCCGCGCGGGACGCCCCCGGGGAGGAGCCUCGCGGGCUGGGACGCGUGCCGCUCGCUGGCAGCACCGGGGCACGAGCCAGGCUGCACGGAAACUCACUGCGUGCCCUCCUCGCUUGUUCUACAAUGAGCGCCAAGUCUGCCAUCAGCAAGGAAAUUUUUGCACCUCUUGAUGAAAGGAUGCUGGGAGCUGUCCAAGUCAAGAGGAGGACAAAGAAAAAGAUUCCUUUCCUAGCAACUGGGGGUCAAGGCGAAUAUUUAACUUUUAUCUGCCUGUCAGUGACAAACAAGAAGCCUACCCAAGCAUCCAUCACCAAGGUCAAACAGUUUGAAGGCUCCACGUCUUUUGUUCGGAGAUCACAGUGGAUGCUCGAGCAGCUUCGCCAGGUUAAUGGGAUUGAUCCUAAUCGGGAUUCUGCAGAGUUUGAUUUGUUGUUUGAAAAUGCUUUUGACCAGUGGGUAGCCAGCACAGCCUCAGAAAAAAGCACCUUCUUCCAGAUCCUCCAUCACACCUGCCAGCGGUACCUCACGGACAGGAAGCCAGAAUUUAUUAACUGCCAGUCCAAAAUUAUGGGAGGAAACAGCAUCCUCCAUUCGGCUGCUGACAGUGUGACCAGCGCAGUACAGAAGGCUAGCCAGGCCUUAAAUGAGCGCGGGGAGCGGUUAGGCCGAGCAGAGGAGAAGACAGAAGACAUGAAAAAUAGCGCCCAGCAGUUUGCAGAAACUGCACACAAGCUUGCCAUGAAGCACAAAUGCUGAGAAACUGCCUAUCCCGGUGACCCCUUAAGAGGAAUGGAAGAGUGUGUUCAGCAAUUUUUGCAAGAAUUCCGGACCUCCGCUUGCUUCUUUUUUCCAGUAUAUGGACAUUGAGGUUUUUUGGUGUUCCUUUUCAUAUGUUAACGUGAAAGAAAAGGUGUUGUGUUUAUACAUUUCCUAAUGGUCUUGCUAAGAAAUGCUGCAAUCCCAUCAGCUUCAUUUGUUUUUGUUUGUUUCGCACUUGUAUAUGUGUGUGUGUUUUCCUUUUUUAAAUUUUUUGUUUGUUUUUUAUAGUUUGAAUAUGAAAGUUGGACUAAAUGAGCUGGCUGUAAACUGGCACCAUGUAUUUUUUUCCUGAUAUUAAGCAGGAAGACAUUUCAAUGUGAUGACAUAAGAUGUUAUUGUUUCUGGAUGAAAAGCCAAGCAGUGAUUGGUUUCACUCAGUUUCCUAGCUGCUCUUAAUUAGAAGGUUAAGAUUCUGUAUCCUGAGACAUGAGUCUGUAACCAUGGAAAACAGUUGGAUUUAUCAGGGGAAACAGCAGCUUUAGAUUUUGCUCUUUCCUAGUCUUUUUUUGCACAAGCCAUCACCAGCAUUCAAAAAUGCAGAUCAGAAUCACAGAUCGAAAUCUACCUUCUGAGCUACUUGUUCCCAGGCUGAUUAUUUGGAAUUAUUGUAUAAAGAUAAAAAUUUGAGAUGAGAGACCUAAGGAAAGACUAUUUAAAAACCUCUGUGCUGUCUUGGCUGUUUUCUUUUUUGUCAUUGUCCCAAAUGAUGGUAGCUGGUAUUGAAAAGAGCUUGGAUUUUUAUCAAGAAUCGAUUUGUCCAGAUAAAGGUCUUUGUAAAUGAUAACAUGAAUAGAUACUACAUUUAAAAUCUUUUUUUUUUUUUGUUUAACAAAGUCAUGCAUAUUUUAGAGAUUGUCUCACUUUGUCUUUGGGAAAUGGCUUUUGGUUCCUUGGUAUCUGAUUUUCUGAGGGUUUGACGUUGCUAUUGUUGUCUAUUUAUUUAAUGUAAUUUAAAUUAUGGGGUUCUUGACAGAUUGCCUUUCACCGUGAUUGCAGCUUUCUUGCUCUGACAUAAAACGGCACAGCCAUGAAGCCUUUAGGUUGGAGUCAGAUUUAAUAAAGUUGGUUGCUACACCUCCUGACCUUGUAUUACUCCAGGUAGUACUGAGUUUGGAGUCUGCAAGUUCUUUGUCCUAGAGGGUUAAAAUGCAGACCUAAGAGCUCUGCUUUAGGCAACAAGGUGGCAGGCUGCACAUCCCAGACACAUCUCCAGCCUUCCACUGCAGUGUGUUGAUUUUACGCUGCCUGAGCCUUCAGGACCCCUUUUUCUUCCUUUCUGCCCGUUGAGCCAGUUGAGUCUUCUUACAUAGCAGUAUGAGAUGACUUUUGGAUUAUUAAUGUUGAUUUAAAUUGCCUUAGCUCUCCUAAUAAAGCAGUCCUAGGGACACAGAAAGUUUUCAUUACUGGCAGUUCAUGUCAAAAAGGAGAUGGUAUUCACCUGAGAUGGAUUUCUGACUCCUCCUAGGGAGAUGAUCCAGUAAAGGAAUAUAAAUUGUACGUACUAAACCAUAUAUUCACUGUUGUAUUUUGUACUUUUCUUUUGGUGUUUUAGAAGUUUAAAGAAGCAAGGAACUUGCCAUCAGAGGCAUUUAUAAUUUCUUUAAAAAAGCCCCAAAUAUCAUUUCAAUUAGGCCUCGUUUGCAGACCUCAGUUCAGAAAACACACACACACACACAUAUAUAUGUAUAUAUAUUCAUCUUCCCUAACUGGAUUCUUGCUUCAGAGAUAAUUGGCAUAAAUAAUUGAAAGGGUAGAUCUGAAACUGCUGACAGUUGGCCAAACUCAAGAAUAAAAUUUGUUGCCAACUCUCUAACAACCGUGUUUGGGAAGCUACUCCUAAAGUACCAGAGAUUGAGAUCAUAAGCAUACCAUGAAACGUGAGGUUCUUCCUCCCUGGUGGAAUUGUGAGUUACUCUUCAUAAAUACAGGUAUUCCAUACUUUGCCCUCUUUCGUCACGCUCUGUGUAUCCUUUUGGAUGCAAGUCUUAUUGAAAAUAGCCUGGAUUAGAAGGACGCCCACCUGAAUCUUUAUUAGCUUACUCUGUUGAUUUUCCUUCCAAAGCCCUACCUAGGUCUCCCCUAACAGAGAGGUUCUAACAGCAAUCCCCGUCUGUCCUCUACCUCCCAGCUUCUUGCAGAAGAGUCCCAUGGUAACACACGGAUGUUCUGUGCUAUUCUUUUGUAGAAGGUGCUGCAUUACAAAAUAUUAAUACCAUCUAACCUUGAGAAACUUGCUAAAAUGACUCACAUCAUUUGGGACCAAUUUGUUUGAGCUUGCUAGAAGACUUUUAAUUUCUGUUUAUUUCUGCACUUCACUAUAAAUUUGGGGGAUACUGUAUUUCUGUGAAGGAUGUCUUAAAUUCUAUUGACAAUACAUAAAGAAAAGAGUCUUUCCAGUGUUACCCCUCCUUCCUGGAACAUAGCUGUAGUAGUCAGGAAGUAUACAGUCAUUCAGGUUAAUGUUUCAUAUUACAGAAUGUAUUUGUAAAAUGUAACAUGAUCAGUAGCCAACUUUUUUUAAGCUCUGAAAAAAUACAGAUUAUGUGUUAGACUUAAAAUUGCAGUGAAAUCUGUCUUAAUACCACUUUUGUGGCUAGCAAAAGUUGUGCAUUUAUGUAAAAAUAUUUACAGAAUGCCCUAAAUAAGGGAUAUUAAAGAUAAGUUUCACUAUUAAUUCUCCAAAGUGUAACAUUACCGAUGUCUGUUGUACAGUUAUUAAUUCUUCACAAGCUCUCUAAGGUGUCAAAUAUGACUUUUGUUUCAUUCAGAGACAAGUAACACCUGCUUUGUGGAUUCACUGUUACGGCAAAGCCUGAUUUUGUCAUUAAAUAUUUUAACUCUGUGAUGAAAGUUUGUUUCUCUCAGUUAUUUGUGACUGCUAUAAAAUAGUAUCAAACAGGUAAGCAUCACCACACUUUUGAUCCUAAUGGAAAAAUCUCGUGUGCCUGUAAGAGACUCCAGGUCAUGCUAAUCCUAGCAUGAUGAUAAAGUUUCCUUGUACACAUUCUAAUGGAAAGAACAAAGAAUUAACCUUAAUUUAGAUAAUAGGCUUCUAUCCAGCAAGAGUUAAGUAUUUCCUUCUUCUCAUGCGUAAAGCAACUAACCCAGUUAAUAACCUUUCUGCUGAUAUUAGUCACGUGUGAAACUCAAGUACUCAUGUUCCAGCAUGUGCCCUUAUUCAGCCGACUGGCUUUAUGCCCUGGUAAAUUAGAAAGAAGACUUGAGCAUAUCCUGUCGAUUUAUUUUUAUGGAAAACAAAUGUAACUCAUUGCAUUCCUCAUUUGCUUUCAAGGCAAGUGGCUUGGGUUACCCCUGUAGCAAAACAGCUAUCUCUGGGUUGGCAUGGACAUGGGUAAAGCAGGCGGGACUUUGAAAUAUUUCUGGAGUACUAAAGUGCAGCCUCCACUUUUCAGAAGAGAGAGGAUAGAAAUAUGGUUAAAUUAAGUAUGCAUUUAUAGGCACCGGCUCUGGUGGACAAAAUUAUAAGCCAAUAACCUUGUAAUGAUGUUCAUGUUUCUUAAUAUAAUUUUUACUUGU